AUGUCUGCUAUACAAGUUGAGUCGCCUCUCACACUUCCUACUGAGCUUCUCUAUCUCAUUCUUGAUCAGCUUGAUACAAACGAUAUUUUAUUUUCAUUUCGAAACGUCUGCACACAAUUUCGUGCAAUUGCCGACAACUACAAUCGGUAUAAAAUUAACUUCAACGAUGCAAUGCCGAAGACUAUUAUUCGUCGUAUACGUCGAAGCAUUCGAUUGGAAAAUAUUUUGUCGCUUAAUUUUUCGAGCAACCGCUCUAUGUCAAAUAAAAUAAAAUUGUUUUUCCCUCUCGUUGGCACCGAUCAAUUAAUGUGUCUUCGCUCAUUGAAUUUGUGUGGUCUGAUAGAGCGUGAUCUCAAUGUCAUAAUGCACCAUAUUACUACCAUCCCCACACUAACAUCGCUGUCGUUGACAGAAAAUUACAGAAAACCUAUGAGUGCCGAUACUAUAGCUGCGCUCUCAUCGAUUAUUGCACUUCAAGGUCUUCGUAGUCUCGUCCUACAUGUUGAUAUUUCGACAAUGAAUGCAAUAGUGUGGCCAGAUCAAUGCACAAUACGCCAGUUGAUUAUGAGAGUAUGCACUCAUAAACAGUUGCAUCAAAUUCUUCGUCACUCACCUAAUCUACAAACUAUUGUCUUGAACAAUUGCAAUAUGACCGAAAUCAGUGAAGUUGCAUUCUCAGACUCGUACAUAGAAUUGAAUUCACUAACAUUGGACAGUGAUGGCAUGUCAAUAGAUCAGAUUGAAUCACUUCUUUCUCUUUUACCCUCACUUCUAUAUCUCAAACUAACGAGCUAUAACGCUUCACUCAAGUAUCUCCGACGUUUCUCUCAAUGGGAACAGUUAAUCCGGCAUAAGCUACCUCUACUGAAAGAGUUUAAGUUUUAUAUUCAUAACGAAGAGUGUGACCAAGCAAUUAUCGAAAAUAUUGAAUCGAUCAUUGGUGCAUUUCGUACACCUUUCUGGUUAGAAAAUAAACGCUGGUUUGUUACACUUCGAUACAUCUACGAUGACUUACACUCGAAUAUUAUUCUCUAUUCAUCAAAAGACUCGUGUACUAACCUUUCUGAUCACAGCUGUCUGGACAAAAUAUCCUAUGUGAUUUCUACCACAAUAAAUCACAAUGCAGCACAAACAAAUACUCUAUGGAGUGCUCGUUUAAAUUUGGCUAAAAUGAUGACUGCGGUCCCUUUCAAUGAGGUAGGUUUGAAUAAAAGUUCUAUUCUUUUUGAAAAGACAAAUUCUAGUUUUGUACAUUUGAAUAUAUCAUUUUUUGACUAUCAAAUAUUUCCUUUAUAA